CGUUAGUGCAUUUUUCCGAGAUGCUGAGAUAAAUAGAAAUUAAUUUCGGAAAAGCGAUUUUCUUUUGUUUACCAUCAUGGCCACCUAUUCCAAUCAGCACUGGCUGCUCUCCCAUAUCCGGAACUCCUUUAUCUCCACGGACGACACCGGAAUGUGUGAAACCGUUAUGCUGAGCGAUGACAUGCCCAAGCACUAUUUGCGCAAAUUUGGGAAUUCGGGCGCUGGUGGAGAUAACUAUCAUUGGCGGCGGUCGCAAAAGCCACCGCCCUCAGGGGCCGGGUCCACACCUGAGCGGAACACCCGACAUCCAGAUGCCCCACUCCAAGAGGUGGACUUCAUCUGCUAUCCAGGACUUGACCUCAGCGAUGAUGAAGAGGACAUGUCCACGCACUCCUUCGACAUCCAGAUGUAUCCGGAAGUGGGUGCCCACCGCUUUCGUUCAAACACUGCCCAAAAACUGGAAAAACUUGAUAUUGCCAAGCGAAGGGCAGCACGUAUCAAGAGUAUAAACUACCAGGAGGAAGUGCAACCGCCCGACAGCGAAGAUUUUUUCAAGCGUAAAGAGGUGCCUCUUAACAAACCAGUGACGACGAAAAAGACACCAAAAACGAACGAAGAUGAGCUGUCGGACGAAGGCGUCCUGAGCCAACUAACUGACCAACUGGCCAAGAGUCCAAAGCAAACACAGAAUCGCUUUAUUGAGUUUGCUCGCUUCGAUGGCACUUCCCAAGUUGGUAUGCAGACGAAAAGGAUUAAUGUGUUUCUGAAUAUGCUUCCGGAACCAGAUCGCAACUAUCCGUUGAAGAUCUGCGUCGUAGCCACUGCCAAAAUCCAGGAGGUCAUUGGUUAUGUCUGUUACAAGACCUCCUUACAGUAUCCCGAGGUUCCUUUGAAGUCCCUGCAGCAUUACGCUUUGUAUAUGACAGAGGAUAAUGACGAUAUGGAGGACUUCCCGCCUUUGGAUAACCGUGAACCCUGCUCCAAAUUUGGUUUCUCCCAACUAACACUCGCCGAACGACGGCCUUUGGCUCCGGUGACUCGAGUGGAUUACCAUAGUCAGCUGGGCACCAAAUCCAUGACUUCCGAGGAAAAUAAGGCCGCUCUGGCCGAAGCGGCUGUCAAAGCUUUGCAAAAUAUUAAUCUGAAUGGAGGGACAAGUGAUCCAGGAGGAGCCGGCGGAGGAGGAGGAGAUAGUCCACAUGACAAUGUUAAGGAGUACGAAAAGCGCCUGCUGAACCACAAUGACAUGCUGGAGGCACCCAUGCACCGCACUUUCCGCUUGAACAUCAUAGACAAGAAAUUCUUCAAAUCCGAUGUGACCCUAGGCAUUUCUGGCGAGAGAAUAGAGAUCGAUCAGUACAAGAAUGCCAAGUUCUGGCCGCAGAAAAAGCCAGUAUCCACACCCAUUGACUUUGUGGCACAUUGCGAAAUUGUGGAGCGACGACAAUUGAAAGCUCUGUUACGCAUCUGGCUAAAGUCAAACUCAUCGUCACCUUCCUUUUCCUCCGGCUGUUCUUCGGCGCCGAUCAAUGACAGCGUGACCACUUUGAAUAUGCCAAGCGCCAGUUCAGGGCUUGCCCAUAGCAGUCCGGGUCACUCGACCGGCCUCUUCUCGACCAGCAAUAUGCGCUUCAAGCAUUACGACUUCGACACGGACACACACACAGCGGAGCAGAUUCACAACAAGCUGAACUGCAUCCUGGAGAUGCGAUCCAGUGAUCUGAGGCGUGAGUUCCUUUUGCAACGUGAGCGGAAGUUGGAGAAGCGGCAGCUGAAGUUGUAGUAUUUAUUCCUAUGGCGGCGGCUGCUGCUCGUGUGCCUAGCAGGCGGGCUACUGCCACUGCCGCUGCCACGCCCUCGCCUACACCUCCGCCUCCGCCUCCUGUUCGAUAAGUUGUAUUAGUUGCUAACUAAAGAUUGUGUUACACAUGUUUGCCUAGCCUGUAAGUAUUUAUUGAACUCACCUAACUACAAAGCCUGGUCCUGAAAAUAAAAAUGCAAAAACUCUUUAAA